AUGUCUCGUGUUACCCUGUUGGGUAAGCUGCUGCCCCGUCCAAUAGCAGCAACUCAACAUCGUGGUAUUGUUACAAAAGAGCUGUUGGACUUGCCUCAAGAUCAUCCCCAACCAUGGCCAUAUAAAGAGAAGGGUUAUUCCUACGGAAACGUUUUGUGGGAUUAUACCAAAAAGAGAUGGCACAAGAACUCAAAGCUGAUUGUGAUCGAAGGAAAUAUUGGUACUGGAAAGGUGUGCUAUUAUUUUUGUUAUUUUUUUGGUUUUUAGGGUGAAUUUUUGAAGAAUCCGCGAGAAGAGCGUAUGAAAUGGCUAUAACAAUAUGCUUUUCAUUAGAAGUCCAAGUUUAUGGAAUUAUGGGGAAAUUGUUUAGUUUAUAUAUGUAAUAGAUAUCUUUCUUGCUAUCGAUAAGGUUUUUUAGAGGUUUGCUCUAAUAAACCUUUAAAUUCAACGAUAUUAAAUUAGAUAUACCUAAAACUUAAAAAUUUUUGAUUGCAGACCAAAGUCGGAGCCGAAAUAGCUGAUGCUUUGGGAUUCAAGUUUAUGCCAGCUUUUAAAAUGGAAGACAUUUUGAUCGACGGUUAUGGAAAUGAUCUACGGAAAUUCUACGAUGAGGUAGGUCUAUGAUAACAUCAGUCUUUUUUAUUCUCUUUAUUGUUUUUUUAACAAAAACUUUAAUUUUAAGGAAAAGAGGUUAUUAUAAUGGGUUUAUACAAAGAAUUUUGUGAGAAGCUUUGAUUGAGUUUGAGGAUUUUAUGUUAAAAACAAAAGUUUUUGAUGUGAUUGGGCAAAAUUGGUCAUAACUUUUGAAAAACGUGUUGCAUUUGUAUAGUUUUUUGAUAUAAUAGGAACAAGAUAACUGUGUCACUUUGUGAAAAAUUUCAAUUUAAUUGAAUUGGAAAACUCUGAGAUAUAUCUGUUCUGACCUAACCUACAACAAUAUCAAAAACAAUGUCUUUUUUUCAGUUUCCUUACAGUUUCCGGGUCCCGGAUGAGAAAAUGUUCUACGCUAAUCCAAUGGACGAUAACACGGCACGUUAUAUUCACCGCAAGUUUGAGUGUAAAUGGGAGCAGUACAUGAACGCGCUGGCUCACAUCUUCAACACUGGCGAAGGAGUGGUGUUGGAGAGCUCGCCACGGUCAGAUUUUGCGUUGAUUAACGCUAUGAAGUCGAAGGAUUUUAUUUCUUUGGACUGUAGGUUUAUAUUGAAGUUUUUUAAAUUUUGAAAAAAUUUUUUAGUCUUCAAAUAUUAUUACUGGCAACGGAAACUGGCGAAUGACCAGCUCCGUUACUGGCCUCAUGUAGUUGUCUAUCUGGACUGUGAAGAGGCCGAACUGCUUCAAAGAAUAAAGAAACGGAAUCAGGAUGGAGAAGCUAAUGUUAUUGAUGAACAAUAUCUGAAAGUUAUUCGUGAAUCGCACAAGGAUUCGCUCAAGGAGUACAAGUAAGGUUUCUUCUGGGAUUUAGUGAUUUUAGGUUUAAAACGGCAAGGACUUUCUUUACAAGCUUGAAAAUGGCAAGAACUUUCUUUACAAAACGAAAAAUGGCAAGAAUUUUGUUUACAAAACAAAAAAUUGCAAGAACUUUCUUUACAAAUCAAAAAACGGCAAGAACUUUCUUUACAAAACAAAAAAUGACGAAAAAAUUCCUUUCCACAGUUAAAAGCUUUAAAAACUAGAAAUUUGACAUUUCAGACCCCACUCGAAGAUCCUCACCUACGACUGGACCGUGCCCGGAGAUUCGGAUUCGAUCGUUGAGGAUAUUUGCCGUCUGGACUGCGACUACUUCGAAUGGCAUUCGGGUGACGUUUUUCUGGAAUGGCACGACCCAAAGGACUCGAUCUGGUACAACAUCCACCGAGCCAGGCUCACAAUGAAGGUGGAGUGCCGCAACGCCGCCUUCCCUCCAGUCUCCUACCACGACCUGGCCGAGCUGGAGGUCUCUCCCCUGGACGCGAACCACUUCCAAAACGUGAUGAAAGUGCGUGUGUUGGGUGACCGUUACUCGUAUGGUUACUAUCCGAAUAAGGGUGAUAGUCGUGAGAAGACCAUGUGGUCAUUGGGCUUCGACCAAAGCGGCCAAUCCCCUUGGAUCGAGUACUAUUGGCGCGAACGCUACUACGAUGACAUGCAAACCUUCAACAACCUGUUGGACCCCUACGCCAACUCCUACCAACCGGACUAUCUUCAUCAUCAUUAG